AUGCAAGCAGCAGCAGCAGCAGCAGCAGCUCUGAGAGCACCAGAUAGCUACUAUGAGGAACUGAAGAGGGACUACAGCGCAAAAAAGGCUAUACUGUUAGAAGGACUAGAAGCCGCAGGGUUUAUUGUUUACCCAUCAAGUGGAACAUACUUCAUCAUGGUCGACCACACCCCCUUCGGUUUCAACAAUGACAUAGAGUUCUGCGAGUACUUGAUUCGUGAAGUCGGCGUGGCCGCUAUACCACCGUACCGAGCGUAUUUUAUCUCAACCCUGAGGAGGGGAAGAAGCUGGUGA